AUGAAAACACGGCGGAGAAAUGGUCUAACCAACACCCGAAUCAAUAAGCGACCUAAUACGUUAGAGAAUGGAAGAGAAAACUCAUUACCGAUCCCAAUCGAUCUCAUGAUCGACGUAUUCUCAUGGUUGCCGGUGAAAGCUAUAGGAAGAUGUCGCUGUGUAUCGAAGGUCUGGGCUUCUAUACUUCGCCGUCCAGAUUUCACGGAGUUGUUCUUGACUAGAUCUUGUGCCCGUCCGAAGAUAUUGUUCGCCUGCCAAAAAGGCGGUGACUUGUUCUUCUUCUCGGCACCUCAUCCUCAAAACCCGGACGAGAACUCGUCUCAUCAUGUUACUGCCAAUUAUCAUAUGAAGUUCUCGUUUGAUGGUUCCUUUGGAAUAUGUGGUCUUUUCCCUGGCUUGGUCGGUGUAUGCAUUCGGACCCCACGUGGCAUGGAAAAGAUGUUGGUGAUAGUAACCCUAGCACGGGGCAAUCCUUACCUUUACCCAAAGUAA